AUGUCGAGCUUUGUCUCUGCGGUUUUGCAUACGAUCCCGUCCCUCGGCGGGUUUCGGUCCCAGCGCCCACCGGAUUUAACGGGCUGCGGCGAGAAAUCGCCCAGUGGAAUCGGCAGUCAAUGUCGGACUACUCUCGAAUGCGUUUCAAGGAGCCCGAAUUCCGUGUGCUACGAUGGAAAGUGCUUGUGUAACUUGGGAUACCACUUCGUUGCCAGUGCUGAUCAGUGCAUCAAGGACAACACCUGCCCCAGUUGCCAGAACCCAGUGAACACUUGCCUGGGUGGUCAAGAUGUCUACUGCAACGGAACUUGCUUCUCCAACACUGGAAAGCGUGUUCACCUCGACUUGAUCUGGAUUGAUCUGGAAACUGGCUGCGGUCACAGCUGCGAUUACAUCAAGGUGUACGACGGUUGCAUCGCCAACGACUCUUCAAAUCUGUUGGCCUUCUACACCGGCGACAAUGCAGGUAACCGACAACAAGUCACGUCCAACUGCAACAAGAUGUUGGUGCACUUCCAUUCUGACGUCGACGAUGAAAACGAGCCCAGGGCCAAGCGGCAGGUAGAAGCUGACAAGACUGAACCACAAGAAUCCAAGACUCUGGAACUUUAUUUGCAGAAGCAGCAGGCAGCAGAUGCUGGCAAGCGUCUCACAGGAUUGUCUUCGGGCGACGAGUUCAGCAGCAAGGACCAACGCUCUGGUUUCAUGGGCUACUACCGCGAAAUUGACUAUGACGAGAAGGUCUGCGCUUGCGCCAAUCCCUAGAAUGACCUUUUGAGGCCCCGAGAUCCUGUUUGUUGUUGUUUUUUUUUGACCUGUGACUAACAACUUGACAAUCCUUUGAAUAAGCAUUCUUUUGCGCGGGUUCUCUUAUGGGCCGUGUUUGACGGGACUGUGCCCUUUGUGAGCUUUUUGGCAAGGACAAAUGCCCCCUCCUCAGUCUUUGGUACCUCCAAUGGAUGAAACUUGACAGCUUGUUCCCCGUUAUGCAAACUCAUGUUAUUUAUUUAUUUUGAAUACUGUAUUGCUGGUGGAAUUCCUGAGGAUGCGGCACUUGUCAGCAAUCAUGGGCAGGUUCCCGCGGACUGAAAACAAAGAUACAUUUCUUCGCCUUCACUUUAUGAAUCCUACAAUAGUUUUAUACAGUUGCUGACUUUCUGACGGAAAAGAAGGCGUAUCAUGUUUUCAUUGACAGGACUUGUCUUCCUUGCGAAGGUUGAUCUGACUGAUGAUAUUGAACUGCCUGUUGUUGACUUUGCUUUUAUCCACAGUGGUGGUGCUGUUAUUUAUGGAAUUAUUGCAUUGGGGCCUGUGCAGUUUUUUAAACGCCGUCGGUAAUGACGGGCAGGCUUCUAUGUAUGGAACUGGAGAUAAAAAUGAAAAUUUUCGAAGAAGACA